CGUCCAUCUCACGUAGACGACCAAUGUCAGUCAUUCAAGCAAGCCGCACGAACGCACAAUAAAAAACGCCCAAUAGUCGUCUCCCCGCCGCCCUUGCGGGGCGGGAAAGGACGAAGCAAACCAACACACUCGAUUGACAAUAAAGUAAAGCAGCUGGAUAUCCUUACCAAAAGACCUACCUAGUAGCUACUGCUGCUGCUACUGCUGCUCCAUCCGCGAGCGCCAUCUAUCAAUCCUGCAAACAGUACAGUACAUGGCGAAAACAGAUUGUACAACACACGUACACUACCCGCUUUACUGCAAUCCGAAAUGAUGAUGAAAGCUUUUUGCCUGUGAUCGUGCGAAGGAAAACGACUCGUUUUAAAAUCGCGAAUAUCCUCAUCAGUUUGUUGAGCUGGUUGGGUUUCAGCCUAUAGCUAAAGCUAAAGCUUGGAACACCUUAAAUUUGGCCGCACUCUUCUUCUUACUGCAGUGCCCCUAGUGCUUUGCUACUCUGUUGGUGUCUUUUCAAAGGUAUUGCAUAUAGUCUUUUAGUGAUAAAAAAUUUGCCAAAAUCGAACCAUACCAUCAAAAGUUAUCACCGAUGGAACACGAGGGGUGAAAAAAAAAUCUGCACAAUCUGUAUGAAAACUCAAUUUCACUGGAGUAAAAACCCACGUAAAACCGCAUUUUGGCAAAAACCAGCAGACAAAUUGGACUUCAGCAUUCGUAGAGGGAAUACAAAAGUAACGUUUUAGCUCAUUUGCGCAGAUAAAAUCACCCGUAAACUGCACAUUUGGCAAGCGAACUGCAAUUGUGGUUUGAAAACUACGGGCCGUUUCAUGACGGGAGGGUCCAUGAACGGCCGUUUGUCCAUGUCCAUGAAAGAAGAAUCUCUGGUAACGAACAUUCUUCCUUUUAUUAAGUCUCAUAAAGGUACCGUUAAGUUCUGGCCCGACUUGGCAAGCUGCCAUUACAGCACAAUGAUCAUAAAUUGGUAUCGAAACAACAGCAUUGAUUUCAUACCAACAAUCUUCAAUCCACCAAAUUGCCCACAGUGUCGUCCAAUACAAUUAUAUUGGGCUAUUAUCUACUAACACCUAAAGAAGACUAAAGAAGCAAUACAAAAUGAUUAAAAAUCCAUCGGGAAUAUACAAAAGGUGGGAAAAAAUGGCCAAUGAGUCCUCUUCCACUACUGUGCAGUAAAGGAUGUGUCGCAUAAAACCAAUAGUGCGUAAAUUAAUACUCAACGUGACCCAAUAAUUUAAACGCAAUUUUUUUUAUGGAUAGCUAGAUAAAAUACCUACAAAAUGACACCGUUUUCCAUGUGUUUAGCUUAUUUCCGGCCUGAGCUCUGUCCUGUGUUAUGCGGUCAAAUUUAAGCUGUUCCAAGCUUUAGUUCUAGCCUAAUCGCCUGCUACCUGCACACACGUUUCGACGCGAACCUCGCAAGCAAGCCUUGCGC